GAUGAUGUGUUUUUUUCCUGUGGGUUAUAAAUGAGUUUCCCGUGGAUUAAAUGGGAAGCAGCUCAGGAGCGCGUCGUCUCCGGGACCUGCUUCACCAAACUGCACUACGAGUCCUGAACAAUCCGAGCAUUUAUUUAUUGAUUUAUUACUGAUUUAAGUCUUAAAAUGAUCACAGCACAUAGCGGACAUUUUCUACACCUGGAUUGUCUCCAGCCGCUGGCUUCAUCAGAGUCUUUCAGCCACAUUGAGCUGGACGCCACAAAGAGUCCACUGGCUCUCCUGGCACAAACGUGUUCGCAAAUCGGAAAAUCAGACCCGUUUUCUUCCACCAACUCAUCGAACGACUCUGGACCUCUGAAGGUCUGCAACAUCAGCUGUUAUUCCAAAUCAGCAGAGAAGAAAAAUUCAGACCCUUUAACUGACGGUCAGUGUGUUUUGAGGACACAGAGCUCCAGCUGCAGACCAUUUGCCGUAUGUUCUCCUAAAAUUCAGGAUGAAGAUGCGAAGAACGACAGAGAUGGCGUUAAAAGUUCGAGUGAAACAUCCGAGGCGAUCAGAAGUGGAAGUUCGGAGAUUAACAGAAAAGCAAAACCGGCGCCUGAAAGAAAGCCCUCGUCGUCAGAGACGUCAGUAGCAUUUUCAACUCCUUCCAGUCUCGGAUUGGGUUUUCCACCAUUUCCCACACUUCCUCUUCCGCCGUUUCCAAGAAGCUGUGCGAGUUUCCCUCAGCCGGUUUUACCCGCACUGAACAACACACCAGGGACAUCCAUCAUUUCCACUGGUCCGUGUGGAGACCCGUACUGCCUCGGCUAUCACUGCGCUGCGUCUCUAAAAUCCACCUUCCCUCUUCUGUACCCUUCUCACGUGCUUCCUUCUUCCUCCAUGUCUGCGUUUACGAUAUUUCCACACGGGUUGAUGCAUCCUCACGAGCUCCAGUCAAGUGUUUUUAACAGUGUUUCGGCUAAUUCCUCCGAGACCAACCUUUCUUCCUCAGUGGGUUCUCAUAUGCACAUAGCGCCGACUCUCAGGAACCCACAUCACACACUCGGACUUGGCACUAGGUAUCACCCGUACUUCAAAAACCCUUUUCCAACACCUUCAAACUCAUAUUAUUCUCUACAUGGACUUUAUGGACAAAGGAUCCAUCUAGCACCCAAAGGGGAACGUUAA